CUUGUUUCCUGUCCGCCGGGAGGAGAGGGGCACCGACGUAAAUAAGAGGCCUCAAAAAAAGUGUUGCUCGGAAAUGUUAAGCGCUUCGAGCUUAAAGCUGCUCACCGGAGCCCGAAGACUGUGUCUUUGUCACCGCAUCGUCAUUGGACGGCAGCUUAACGUCUUUCUCCCAAAGAAGUGUAACGGGCUCUUGGGGAAAGUACAGCAGACACGUGGCUCUGCGGCGGUGGCUGCAGAGGGCAGCGAAGACUCUCUCCUGAAGUGGCUACUGUUAUUCAUCCCAGUCUCUGCAUUUGGCCUCGGAACUUGGCAGGUGCAACGGAGGAAAUGGAAACUGCAGCUUAUCGCAGAGCUGCAAGAGAGGUGCAACACUGAGCCCCUGCCGCUGCCCCUGGAGCAAGCGGAGCUGAAGGAGCUGGAGUACCGGCGGGUCACAGUGCGGGGAACCUUCGAUCAUUCCAAGGAGCUGUACAUCCUGCCCCGGUCACGCGUCGAUCCAGAGAAAGAGGCCAGAGAAGCGGGGAGGCUGACCUCCAGCGGGGGGAGCGGGGCCAAUGUUGUGACCCCUUUCCACUGCACAGAUCUGGGGGUACGAAUUCUCGUGAACCGUGGCUUUGUACCAAAGAGAAAGAUGCACCCUGAAACCCGAUUGCAGGGACAGAUCACUGAGGAGGUGGAACUGGUUGGCGUGGUGCGUCUGUCUGAGACACGCAAACCUUUUGUUCCCCAGAACAACCCUGAGAAUAACCAUUGGCAUUACCGGGAUCUGGAGGCCAUGGCCCGGGUAGCAGGGACUGAACCAAUCCUGAUCGAUGCAGACGCCAGCAGUACAGUCCCUGGAGGCCCGAUUGGCGGCCAGACUCGAGUGACGUUAAGAAAUGAACACAUGCAGUAUGUCAUAACCUGGUACGGGCUUUGUGCAACCACCUCCUACCUGUGGUUCCGAAAGUUUAUACAGAGAAUACCUGUCUAGAGCUGCACUCAGUGAUUGCAUCGCCAGAUUCACAGAGCAGAGGUGACCUUGCAUCAGUGGAGAGAAUUUCUCAAGAUUCAAGAACCAUGUUAUACCAGUGUGAUUGAUAGCUGCAAUUAUUGAAAUAAACCCAUUCCUGC